GAGAAACACAUAGUACAGGUGAAAGGGUGGCUGUGAGAGGGAGUUCCAACCGGCUGAGUUCUUAAAGCCAUGAAGACACAAGAAAAAUAACAAGGAGUGGCCGACAGGAGUCUUUUGGACUUGCCUGGAGCUCCACCCUCGGCCAGAGGAAAAGUCCCUCGGGACCGAGGCGGGAGCAUCAGACAAGCGCGAGAAAAGCGCCUGUGCGCGCUCCACCUCUACGCAGCGGGUGCGGGGCGGCGACCUGUCCUUUGGGCUGGUCAUGGCGUCCGUAGGACCUGUGCGUUCCGGGAGCCCAGCCCUUGGCCUUCCGCACCUACUGACCCUAGCGAUCCUUACACUUGCCUCUGAAGCGUGUCAAGAAGUGAUCCUUCGGGUUCCCUCUGAACUACCUGCUGAGAAAUUUGUUGGCCGAGUGAACCUGAAGGCCUGCCUGAAAUCGGCAAAUCUCAUUCAUCUGAGUGAUCCUGAUUUUCAAGUCUUUGAAGACGGUUCUGUGUACACAACCAAUUCUGUUGUUUUGUCUUCGGGCCAAAGAAGCUUUACGAUAUGGCUUUUCAACACGGACAGCCAAGAAGAAAGAGAGCUGUCUGUCCACUUAGAGGGCCCAGUAGAGGCACUAAAUAAAAGACUGCAUGCAGAGAAAGUUCUCAGUCGUUCCAAGAGAAGAUGGGCUCCUAUCCCCUGUUCCAUGAUGGAGAAUUCCUUGGGUCCCUUUCCACUUUUCCUUCAACAGAUCCAAUCUGAUACAGCUCAAAACUACACCAUAUACUAUUCCAUCAGAGGCCCAGGAGUUGAUAGAGAACCUCUAAACUUAUUUUAUGUGGAAAGAGAUACGGGAAACCUGUAUUGCACUGGUCCCGUGGAUCGUGAGCAGUAUGAGUCCUUUGAGCUGACGGCGUUUGCAACAACUCCAGAUGGGUAUACGCCUGAGUACCCGCUGACCCUCAUCAUUAAGAUCGAGGAUGAGAAUGACAACCACCCGAUUUUUACAAAGACAACAUACAGUUUCACAGUUCUGGAAAACAGUGCAGUUGGCUCUGUCGUGGGAGAGGUCCUUGCGACUGACAGCGACGAGCCUGAUACGAUGCACACUAGGCUGAAGUACUCCAUCCUGGAGCAGUCGCCAUCACCGCCCACUUUGUUUACCAUGCAUCCCACUACGGGUGUGAUCACGACCACAUCGUCUCAGCUGGACAGAGAGUUAAUUGACAAAUACCAGUUGAAAAUCAAAGUGCAGGACAUGGAUGGCCAGUAUUUUGGCUUGCAGGCAACAGCCACCUGCAUCAUCACUGUCGGAGAUGUGAAUGACAACCCUCCAACCUUCACUCGCACUGUGUAUGAGACAUCAGUGGAAGAAAAUACAAUUGAUGUGGAAAUCUUACGACUUCCUAUCCAGGAUAAAGAUUUAGUUAACUCUCCUAACUGGAGAGCUAAUUACAACAUCUUAAAGGGCAAUGAAAAUGGAAACUUCAAAAUUGAAACAGAUCCCAAAACCAAUGAAGGCAUUCUGUGUGUGGUUAAGCCUCUGAACUAUGAAGAACGAGAACAGGUGACCCUACAAAUUGGUGUCGUUAAUGAAGCCCCAUACACUAGAGAGGCUACUGCAAGGUCACCCAUGAGCACAGCUACAGUGACUGUCACCGUGAAAAAUGUGGAUGAGGGCCCUGAGUGUAUCCCUCCAGUCCAAACUGUGCGGAUUCGAGAAAAUGUGCCAGUUGGAACCAGAAAUAAUGGGUAUACAGCGUACGACCCUGAGACCAGAAGCAGCAGUGGCAUCAGGUACAGGAAGUUAAGUGACCCAAGAGGGUGGGUCAUGAUUAAUGAAGACUCAGGAUCGAUCUCCAUUUCCCGAACCUUGGAUAGAGAGGCUGAGACUGUCCGAAAUGGCAUCUAUAAUAUUACAGUUCUUGCAUUAGAUGCAGCUGGGAGAAGCUGUACUGGAACUCUGGGAAUUGUUCUUGAAGAUGUGAAUGACAAUGGCCCCUUCAUCCCCAAGCAGACGGUGGUAAUUUGUAAGGCCACCAUGUCCUCCGCUGAAAUUGUUGCAGUUGAUCCUGAUGAGCCAGUCAACGGCCCACCAUUUGAUUUUAGUUUGGAGAGUACCGAUUCAGAAGUACGGAGGAUGUGGAGAUUGACAAGGAUUAACGAUACAGCGGCUCGUCUGUCUUAUCAGAAUGACCCUUCAUUCGGAUCCUACGUAGUUCCUAUCCGAGUCACGGACAGACUCGGUCUGUCCUCAGUCACUUCACUGAAUGUCCUCAUUUGUGACUGCAUCACUGAAAGUGACUGCACAGCCCGCUCAGGAGAAAGGACCGGCUAUGCCGACGUGAGACUUGGACCAUGGGCUAUUCUUGCUAUACUGUUGGGCAUAGCCUUGCUGUUUUGUAUCCUGUUUACGUUAGUCUGUAGUGUCUCCCAGGCAACGAAGCAGCAGAAAGUUAUUCCUGAUGAUUUAGCGCAGCAGAACCUAAUUGUAUCCAACACCGAGGCUCCUGGAGAUGACAAAGUUUAUUCCACAAACGGCUUCACAACUCAAAUGGUCGGAGCUUCUGGGCAGGCAGCUUUGGGAAUGUCGGGAGCAGGAGCCAAAAGUGGAGGGCAAGAGACCAUUGAGAUGGUGAAAGGAGGACACCAGACCUUAGACUCCUGCCGCGUGGCCGGCCAUCACCACACCCUGGAUCCCUGUAGAGGAGGACACGUGGAGGUGGACAACUACAGAUACACUUACUCCGAGUGGCACAAUUUCACGCAGCCCCGACUUGGUGAAAAGGUGCAGUUGUGCCAUGAGGAUGACAAUCAGACGCUCGCUCAAGACUACGUCCUCACGUACAGCUAUGAAGGAACAGGCUCAACCGCUGGCUCUGUAGGUUGCUGCAGUGAGCAACCGGAAGAAGACAGACUUGAGUUUUUGGACCAUUUGGGGCCUAAAUUUAGGACAUUAGCAGAAGUAUGCACAAAGAGGUGAAGAACGCCUACCAGGGUAACCAAACUAAUGGAUUUAUUACUUUUUCCUACCUGCUUUUAAAUAUAAACUAGGCUUUUUCAAAAAAGAAGAUAUUGUAUUUGGGGCUCCCCCCACAGCCUGCCUUGGUGUGCAGAAUCUCCAGAGAUGCACAUUUUCAGAAAGACCUUGGACUUCAGUACAUUUGAACUUGAAAACCAUUCUGCAUGGGUUGUAAUUGAUCCUUCUUACCCAGGUGUCACCUACAGGUGGAACUUUAAGGAAAUUUGCAUUAUUGUUUACAUUGGGCAUAGUGACAUCAACCAACUUAUUGUACAGUAAAAUUUAAUGGAUCUGAGUCUAUUUAUGGACUACUUGACCUAUAUCCCAAUUGGAGACUGUAGAAACUGUUAUUUCCAGCUAAUGGGUUAAUUGAUUUUUCAUAUGGUGCUUGGAAACUGUUGUUUUCCCAAACAUUCUAAACUGUAUAUACUGUGUGUUACAUUGUUGUAUUCUCGUAGCAUGGCUUGACUUCUUAGUAUAAAAGUAGACUGCCAGGGAGUUAUUGAGUGUGUUUAUCGUUCCAUUCCAGUGGGGUUUGCUUUUAGGUUCUAUUCUGGGUGAAAUCCUACACUGCAUCUACAUCUCCUUUGUAUUGACUUUGUUAGUUAAAUUUAGAUUUCAAAAUUUCUUUAAAAUAUAUUUUUAUUACUCUUACAA